AUGGCUUCCAACACGGGCAAGGCUGGAGUAAUCGUCGCUCCCGACGAUGCUGGCAGCAUGGAGAAUCUUGCUCAUUCGGUGCUCGACGACUUAAUGUACAAUAUCGUUCACGACCUCCUGCUCAAGGUGCACCGCGACGAGAAAAUGGCGAGGGCCACCACGGCCGCGAUCCGUGUCGAGAAGCUGGCUUCCGAUGCAUCAGAAAGCUCGACACCUGACUCGAAACCCGAUGUGCGGAUCGAAACCGAUGCGGCGAUCUACGAAGACGGUAAGGUGAUGCUCAAAGGCAAUCCCUUGAAGACAACGACCGAGAUUCUCUGCCCGAGAUGCCACCUGCCUCGAUUGCUCUAUCCGACCGACGGCAAGGGGGCGAGAAAGCCUGAUCCGAGCGUCAUCUACUGCAAGAAACACCCUUACAUCGACAAGCCUGGCUACGACAUCUACGGGCAGACCUGGGUUCAGCCGGGCCCUGGAAGAGGCAAGAAGAAGAAGGACAUGAAGCCCGACCCGAACAUCGAGUCUCCCGCCCCCGGAGAAGGGCGCCCUGCUAAUGUGCUUUCGUUCCCGUCAGCCACAUGCAGCAAGUGCAAGCGAUGCAUUCUCGUCACGAGACUCAACAACCACAUGGGAUCGUGUAUCGGCAACAGCGGCCGUAACGCGAGUCGCGCUGCGGCAGCCAAGAUUUCAAACGGCAGUAACGGCGCAAGCCAGAACGACGGAACACCCCCAUCGAGCCAGAAGGCGACACCAGCGCCUGCAUCACGAGCCUCGAGCCCAAAGAAGCGCGACAGUGAGGAAGUGGCGGCACCGGAGGAAGAGGAGGAAUCGGAAAACAGCCAUAAGAAGAAGAAGAUGAAGCCAACGGUCAUGACGAAGAAGGUGAUUCUCAAGACUAAGGGCCCAAAGAAAGACAAGGUCAAGACCAACUCACUGCUGAGCCACGAAUCGAAGGUGGGAGACGACGAUGACAAUUCCACUGUCGAGGUCGCCCCUAAGAAGGAGAAGAAGGAGUCUAAGGAGGGCAAAGGCAUCAGCCCGGCUAAGAAGUUGAAGCUUGGCGCCGCGAAGCCGCCCUUAUCGUCGCCGCUGUCGAAGAAUGGCAAUGGUAGAACCGAAGAUGCAGAGUCCGAAUCGUCCGGCACGUUGUCGUCGCCGCCAAACUAG